CUUUAAAAAAUGAAGUGCUUUUUCAUUAAGAGUCUCUGUAUUCACGGAAUCCUUGCAUAGUUCUGAUUAAAAAACACAAAAAAAAGAAAAAUCACUGGCAGACAACCUUCAUCGUGAGGUAUUCCCUUUUUGUGCCACCUGCUCCAAUCAUGAGAGUCGUGGUAUCUGCACUUCAUUGUUUUUUUUUCUUUUCUCUUCUUUUUAAGCUUUCCCCAUUUUUUUAUUUGAAACACAAGCAAGAAUUGUAGUUGGCAAGAAUUGUAGUUGGCAAAGUGUUUUUCUUAUUUAAAGUUUUUCUUCAAAUGCUGUACAGGCUUUGAAGAUUUAAAAGAAAAAGUGAUAAAACAUCAUGGAGGAACUAUGGACUGUGUUUUGUACGGAAUCUGAUUGUUCAGACUCUACAGGAAGUAAUCCAUGCAGUUCUAAACUUGGGUUUUUGGGUCAUCCUUCAUCUUGCAUCAACCACGCAUUGAUCAUUUGCUUUGAUGCUCUGCUUUUGGUCAUGCUCAUCUUCACGAUGAUUCAGAAGUCCUGGUCCAGAAAUGUUCAUAUUCCACCCCGGUUUCAAGGUUUUUCCGUUUUGCAGAUUGUCUCUGCCAUUUUCAACAGCUGUGUUGGAUUGGUGUACUUGUUCUUCGGCAUCUGGAUUUUAGAAGAGCAGUUGAGGGAAACCCAGACUGCUUUGCCUUUGAGCUUGUGGUUGUCAACUAUAUUUCAAGGGAUAACAUGGUUGUCUGUUGGUUUAACAGUGAGUAUCCGGGUCAAACACCUCCCAAAGUCACCAGUACGGCUCUUGUCUAUUCUUGCCUUCUUGUUUUCUGGAUUUGUCUGUGUUCUAUCUCUGUUUGCCGCCAUUUUAAGCCAAAAGGUAUCAGCAAAGAUAGCUUUAGAUGUCUUGUCUUUUCCAGGAGCAAUAUUGCUGAUGCUAUGUGCUUAUAGAGGUUACAGAAAUGAAGAGAGUGAUGAAAGUGGCAUUCAGAAUGGUCUUUAUGCACCUUUGAAUAGCGAGACUAAUGCCAUCAGUAAAAGUGAUCCAGUUACUUCCUUUGACAAAGCUGGAACUCUCAGUAGAUUUUCAUUCUGGUGGUUGAAUCCAUUGAUGAAAAGGGGAAGGGAGAAAACUCUCGAGGAUGAAGAUAUACCCAAGUUGAGUGAAGCAGAUAGAGCUGAAAGUUGUUAUUUGUUGUUCUUGGACAAACUGGACAAACAAAAACGGACUCAUCCUUCUUCUCAGCCAUCGAUUUUGAAGAUUAUAAUUUUGUGCCACUUGAAAGAGAUUUUGGUGUCUGGAUUCUUUGCCUUGCUAAAGAUAAUCACUGUCUCGGCUGGUCCUCUGCUACUCAAUGCCUUCAUUUUGGUUGCUGAGGGAAACGAGAGUUUCAAGUAUGAAGGUUAUGUAUUGGCCAUAACACUUUUCCUUACUAAAUUCAUUGAAUCUUUAUCACAAAGGCAGUGGUACUUCAGAACCAGAUUGAUUGGCAUGAAAGUGAGGUCUUUGCUCACAGCAGCCAUAUAUAAGAAGCAACUGCGAUUAUCUAAUGCUGCUAGGUUGACGCACUCCAAUGGUGAGAUUAUGAAUUAUGUGACUGUGGAUGCCUAUAGGAUUGGAGAAUUCCCAUUCUGGUUCCAUCAAACUUGGACGACUAGUCUUCAGCUCUGUAUCUCAUUGGUAAUUCUUUAUCGAGCAGUUGGGCUAGCUACAAUUGCAGCCCUGGUGGUGAUAAUUCUCACUGUGAUUUGCAAUGCACCUCUCGCCAAGCUGCAACAUAAGUUUCAGACUAAGCUUAUGGUGGCGCAGGAUGAUAGACUGAAGACUAGUUCUGAGGCUCUAGUGAACAUGAAGGUUUUGAAAUUAUAUGCUUGGGAAACCCAUUUCAAGAAUGCGAUAGAAAAAUUAAGGAAUGUGGAGUAUAAAUGGUUAUCUUCCGUUCAGUUAAGAAAAGCUUAUAAUACGUUUCUCUUUUGGACAUCCCCUAUUUUGGUCUCUGCUGCAACUUUCGGAGCAUGUUAUUUCCUAAAAGUUCCCCUGCAUGCGAAUAAUGUUUUCACUUUUGUGGCAACUUUGCGCCUUGUUCAGGACCCAAUUAGAUCUAUCCCUGAUGUUAUAGGGGUGAUUAUUCAAGCAAAGGUUUCAUUUGCACGUAUUGUAAAAUUCCUUGAUGCACCAGAGCUACAAACUUCGAGACUCCGGAAGAAGUUCAAUUCCGAGAUUGUGAAUCACACUGUUACUAUCAAGUCAGCAGCUUUUUCAUGGGAAGAGAAUUUAGCAAAGCCCACACUCAGAAACAUUAAUUUGCAGGUCGGACGUGGCGAAAAGGUGGCUGUAUGUGGGGAAGUUGGCUCAGGAAAAUCAACCCUUCUAGCAGCAAUUCUUGGAGAAGUUCCAAAUGUUAAGGGAAAUAUUCAAGUUUAUGGGAAGAUUGCCUAUGUUUCUCAGACAGCAUGGAUCCAGACGGGAACAAUACAGGACAACAUUUUAUUUGGCUCUGCCAUGGAUAGUCAAAGAUACCAUGAAACACUUGAGAGAUGUUCACUUGUAAAGGACCUUCACUUGCUUCCUUAUGGCGAUCUAACUGAAAUAGGGGAGAGAGGAGUAAAUUUGAGUGGUGGUCAGAAGCAGCGAAUCCAACUAGCACGUGCACUUUAUCAGAAUGCUGAUAUAUAUCUCUUGGAUGAUCCAUUCAGUGCUGUUGAUGCACAUACUGCUACAAGCUUAUUUAAUGAAUAUGUAAUGGAAGCACUCCUGGGGAAGACAGUCCUACUUGUGACCCAUCAAGUUGAUUUCCUUCCUGCAUUUGAUUCUGUUUUGUUGAUGUCUGAUGGGGAAAUCCUAAGAGCAGCUCCUUACCAUCAGCUGUUGUCCUUGAGCCCAGAAUUUCAAGACCUUGUCAAUGCACACAAAGAGACUGCUGGUUCUGAAAGGCUUGAAGACAUCAAUCCUGCCCGAAAUCAUGAGACAUCUUCGGCUAAGGAGAUCCGAAAGAGUUACGUAGAGAAUCUAUUAAAACCAUCAAAAGGUGAUCAAUUGAUAAAGCAGGAAGAAAGAGAAGAAGGAGACAUGGGAUUAAAGCCUUACAUACAAUAUCUAAGUCAGAACAAAGGGUUCUUGUACUUUUCCAUUGCCAUGCUUAGUCACCUUACAUUUGUGAUUGGUCAGAUAGCACAGAACUCUUGGAUGGCUGCUAAUGUUGAUAAUCCUCAUGUUAGCUCAUCACAGCUGAUCAUGGUUUAUUUGGUGAUAGGAGUUUUCUCAACAAUUUUUUUGCUUAUUAGAUCUCUUUGUGUGGUUGUUUUGGGUGUUCAAUCAUCCAAGUCUUUAUUUUCACAACUUCUAAACUCCCUUUUCCGUGCACCUAUGUCCUUUUAUGACUCCACGCCGUUGGGGAGGAUACUUAGUCGGGUUUCAUCUGAUCUGAGUAUUGUUGAUAUUGAUAUCCCAUUUAGCUUAAUCUUUGCUGUUGGAGCCUCUGUGAAUGCUCUUUCCAAUCUCGGAGUGCUGGCUGUUAUCACCUGGCAAGUGUUGUUUGUCUCGAUACCAACAAUUUAUUUGGCUUUGCGAUUACAGAGAUAUUAUUUUUCCACUGCAAAAGAGUUGAUGCGGAUCAAUGGCACAACCAAGUCCUUGGUAGCAAACCAUCUUGCUGAGUCUGUAGCAGGAGUUGUAACAAUUAGAGCAUUUGAGGUGGAAGAACGGUUCUUCACAAAGAACCUAGAGCUCAUUGACGUAAAUGCCAGCCCAUUUUUUCACAGUUUUGCAGCAAAUGAGUGGUUGAUUCAGAGGCUGGAAACGCUCAGUGCAACAGUUCUGGCAUCUGCAGCACUCUGCAUGGUCCUGCUUCCUCCUGAUACUUUCAGCUCCGGAUUCAUCGGAAUGGCACUUUCUUAUGGUCUUUCGUUGAACAUGUCGCUUGUCUUUUCAAUUCAGAACCAGUGCACUCUUGCAAAUUACAUAAUUUCAGUAGAAAGGUUGAAUCAAUACAUGUACAUACCUAGUGAAGCCCCUGAAGUCAUUGAAGAAAAUCGUCCCCCACCAAAUUGGCCUGCUGUGGGCAAAGUAGAGAUACAACAUUUGCAGAUAAGGUAUAGACCAAAUACGCCACUUGUUCUUCGCGGGAUCAGUUGCACAAUUGUUGGAGGGCACAAGAUUGGUAUAGUUGGUCGAACAGGCAGUGGGAAGACAACUCUAAUAGGUGCUCUGUUCCGUCUGGUGGAGCCUGCUGGAGGGAAGAUUGUAGUAGAUGGGAUUGACAUCUCUACAAUUGGACUUCAUGAUCUGAGGUCGCGUUUUGCAAUUAUACCUCAAGAUCCUACUCUUUUCAAUGGGACCGUGAGAUACAAUUUGGAUCCCUUAUCUCAACAUUCUGACCGGGAAAUAUGGGAGGUGCUUGGAAAGUGUCAGCUUCGGGAGGCUGUUCAGGAGAAAGAAAAUGGGCUAGAUUCCUUAGUUGUGGAUGAUGGAUCAAAUUGGAGCAUGGGACAAAGGCAAUUGUUCUGUUUGGGGCGUGCCCUUCUGAGGAGAAGUCGGAUACUGGUCCUUGAUGAGGCAACUGCAUCGAUCGAUAACGCAACCGAUAUGAUUCUGCAGAAAACCAUCCGAACUGAAUUUGCAGAUUGUACUGUAAUCACAGUAGCUCACCGAAUACCAACUGUGAUGGAUUGCACUAUGGUUCUUGCCAUUAGUGAUGGGCAACUUGUGGAGUAUGAUGAGCCAACGAAGUUAAUGAAGACUGAAGGCUCGCUCUUUGGAAAGCUGGUGAAGGAAUACUGGUCUCAUUUCCAGUCUGCUGAGUCACAUUGAUACUGACGCUACUUCUCAAGUAGCCUCAUCACUGAUAGUGAGGAAACCUUAUGGAGAUGAAUAGCAAUAAUAGCACAUGCUACUUAGUGCAGGCCAAGAAAAGGAUGUGGAAAUAUCAAAUAUGAUAAUAUUCCUUGUCAUGUAAUGGAAUUGGCUGCGUAGGCCAUCCUAAUAUCAAAAGGAACAUUGUAAAUUGAUAAGUAAAUAGUUAUAUAAGUAGUUCCACUUCUGAACUGCA